GGGGAAGGAAGUCCCGCCUCUUCGUAGAGCGACUUAAGGAAAGAGAAGGCGGCGACUGAGGCCUUUGAGGGGGGAAAACUUAGACGCGUUUGUGGCGGAUUUAGAAUCCCGCCGAGCUUCGAAGUCGGCUGUAACCGUUGUAACGGUUCGUCUCUCGCAAAUUCGGCAUGACGUAUCCGGCGUUCGGAGCGUAUGGUGCUUACCAUGGUCAGAUGCCAAUGCAAAUGGCAGUGGGACAACCGGUCCCUAGAGGGGUACAAACUGUAGCCCCUGAUGGAUCUACUGGAUAUUCUGUUUAUUCUGGUGCCUAUGCUGGUGCUGCCGUCGAUCCCUUGUGGGCAUUCUUCAGUGCUACUGCUGGACAGAAUGGUGAAGUGGAUGCGGAGGAACUACAGAGAUGUCUAUCACAAUCUGGAAUCAGUGGAACAUAUUCUCCAUUCAGUUUGGAGACCUGCAGAAUUAUGAUAUCGAUGUUGGAUAGACAGAAUACUGGAAAAAUGGGAUAUAAUGAAUUUAAAGAACUUUGGACAGCUCUCAGUGCUUGGAAACACAAUUUCAUGUUGGUUGAUCAAGACCGAAGUGGAACUGUGGAAUUUCAUGUGCUGACUCAAGUGAUUGUAGCUAUGGGAUACAGACUAAGCCCACAGACUUUAAUUGCUAUUGUAAAACGUUACAGCAAGAAUGGCAGGAUUUCUUUUGAUGAUUAUGUGGCUUGCUGUGUGAAGCUUCGUGCUUUAACAGAUUUCUUCAGAAGAAGAGACAGCAUGCAACAGGGCAUUGUGAAUCUUCUGUAUGAUGAUUUCUUGCAGUGCACCAUGGCCAUCUGAAUGCCGGCUGUGGAUGAAAACUCCCAUGCUUAACUUCACCUACGUAGAAUUGCUGUGAGAGCAAGGCUGUCAUUGAUUUUCCAUAUUUCUGCCUGCUAAUGUAUCAUUUUUGACCUUUAAUGUGUAGUUUGAAAUAAAUAAGUAUACAGGUUGUACAGUAAUUGUUAGAGGUGUCAUUCUUUUACAUGUGGAUGAUAGUCUUUUUUUUUUCUAUUUGGGGUUACGGUCUUAGGAUGGAUAAAAGGAAACAAUCACCUUUCAUGUAAUGAUUAUAAACAGGGCAGAACUGCAUCUUGUGAAAUUGUAAAUGCCUAAGAAACCAGGAAGCCAUGAAUUGGUGGCUGUCAAAAAGUAUGUAUAAACAUUUGUAUAUUUCUUCGGAAGUUUGAUAAAUAAUUUGAAUGCAAACGAGAAGAAUGUGUUCAUAGUAAAGAUUAUACUCUAUGGUAAUAAAACAUACUCUUCCGAGUGAGUGGUUUAUCCUCUUGACCAAGGGUCCCCAACCCUCAGGCAUACCAAUCCGUGCAAGUGGUGGGUGAGUGAGAGAAACUUUAUCGGUGCAUGUGUGGGAUCUAGGUUGUGUGUGAAACACCCCUCCCCC